UUUCACACUCUUAGGAAGAGUGAUUAAGGAAUUACAGUCGCACUUUGCGUUUUUUAAUGAAUUAUUUAUUUUUCAAGCACAAAGUGCCGUAUCCGUUUAUUCAAUGUCACCAUGCUCAUCAUCUCUUCACGCAAUGCUCUGCUGUCAGUCUACUACCCACAGAUCUUCCUCAUCCUCACCAGCGGUAGCUACCUGGCCCUUUCCUCGGUGGUGGCGCUGGGCGCCAACAUCAUCUGCAACAAGAUUCCCGGCCUAGCCCCCCGCCAGAGAGUGAUCUGCCAGAGCCGGCCCGAUGCCAUCAUCGUCAUCGGCGAGGGCGCCCAGCUGGGAAUCAACGAGUGCCAAUACCAAUUCCGCUACGGCCGCUGGAACUGCUCUGCCCUGGGAGAGAGGACCGUGUUUGGCCAAGAGCUGAGAGUAGGCAGUAAGGAGGCCGCAUUCACCUACGCCAUCACGGCUGCGGGGGUAGCCCACGCGGUGACUGCGGCCUGCAGCCAGGGCAACCUGACGCACUGCGGCUGCGACCGUGAGAAGCAGGGCUACCAUGACCAGGAGGAGGGCUGGAAGUGGGGCGGCUGUUCGGCUGACGUCAAGUAUGGAGUGGAGUUUUCCAGGAGAUUCGUGGACGCCCGAGAGAUCAAGAAGAACGCGCGGCGGCUGAUGAACCUCCACAACAAUGAGGCCGGGCGCAAGGUCGUGGAGGAGUGCAUGAAGCUGGAGUGCAAGUGCCACGGCGUCUCGGGCUCCUGUACCACCAAGACGUGCUGGACCACGCUGCCCAAGUUCCGGGAGAUCGGCUACGUGCUGAAGGAGCGCUACAGCUCGGCCGUGCAGGUGGAGGCGGUGAGGGCCACGCGCCUGCGCCAGCCCUCCUUCCUGCGCCUCAAACAGGGCCGCGGCUACCAGAAGCCCCCCGCCUCCGAACUGGUCUACCUGGAGCGCUCACCCAACUACUGCGAAGAGGACGCGGCCACGGGCAGUGCGGGCACCCAGGGGCGCCUCUGCAACCACACCUCGCCGCACACGGACGGCUGCAACCUAAUGUGCUGCGGACGCGGACACGACACCCACCAGUACACGCGAGUCUGGCAGUGCAACUGCAAGUUCCAGUGGUGCUGCUUCGUCAAGUGCAACACCUGCAGCGAGAGAACUGAGGUGUUCACCUGCAAAUGAGGAAGAGGAGGAAGAGGAGGAGAAGGAGGGCCGA